GGCUGCCCGGCACUCCGCCGUGCUCGGGGUCUGUGCCUGGGCUGCCUCUCCCCUUGCUGGCUGGUGAAGCGUGUCUGAGGCCAGCAGCGCUGUCCGUGCACAGGAGAGCGGCUCGCGUGCGAUGGGAGCCCCGGCGAGACCGCGGCGGCUGCGGGAGCAUCGCUGCGGGAGCGCUGCUGCUGCUGCUGCUGCUGCUGCUGCUGCCUCGUCCUUCCUGCCGCUUUAUUUUUAGAGCCGUUGGGGGAUCCGGCUCCGCUCACUGAGGCACUUCUGUAAAAAUAGCAGCCAAACUUCAGUGCUGCUCCGGUGAGGAAUACGAAUGUUGAAAUAGCAGCGGAGGAGAUCAGAAGUCACUCGCUCAGCACCUUGGCGCUGCAGGGUCCUGCAGCCCUGGCGGAUCCUCUCGCUCCUCGCCAGGGCACUGAGACCUGGGCUGCGACAACGGCGACAUCUCCUUCCCUUCGGAGGCGAGGAUUUUUAAACCUUUGGAGUUACCUGAAGGUGCUUUUGCUUUGGAGGAAUUGCCUGAUGUCUGUGGAAGAAUCACAGAUACAUCGAUGACUUUGGGGAUAACUGCCAAACAGAUGUACCAGUUGCUUUAAAUGUAAUCUAAAAAUGGGAAAACUUGAGAGGCACAACUUUUUUUUUUUUUUUUUUUUUUUUUUUUUUUUCUUUUUCCUGGCAAUUCUGAUGUGCUGUUUCCCAGGGAAAUGGAAAAACCUUAUAAAUGAAUGUUCCAAUAUACGGGAGGCUCAAUGAGAAAUUUUCCAGAGCAAAUCAUCGGUUGGUUCCUGGGAGGCUGUGGGACGUUUGAAAGUGAUUCGGAGAGAGCAAAGCCUGUGUCCGAUGGACACCGAGCCGCAGCCGGCGUGCGUGGUGCCCCAGGCUCCCUGCCCAGCCACGAAGUGCUCUCCUUCCCAGGACUUUCCUCCCCAGGUGAGGCUGGCUCAGAAGAUCCCCCUGGUGAAGCCUUUGUUCAAGAAGAAGCAGCAAACGCAGAAGAGACUGGACACCCAAACUCUGCGGGCUCUGCGGCCCAUCUUCACCAGCCUGCUGGGAGCCAGGGCCUUGGACAGGGUCUUUGUGUCCCGAGGCCAGCGUGGUGGCCGUGGGGAUUUAUGUGAACCUGCUGUGAAAAAGAGUCUGGACCUCGGUACCUCUUGCCCCCAGGCAGAAAAUAAUGUGACUGUGCUGAUGCCAACAGCUCCAGAUGUGCAGGGUCAGCUGGCGGGAGCUCGUCCUUCCCCCGGGCACCCUGAGCAGGACGUGCAGCCAGGAGAGCAAGGUUUCUCCCCAGAAACUCCUGGAACUGCUGCUGAUAACGGUAAUGAAUCAUUCCAGGAUCAUCCUUUGCACCCAAGUGCUGGUGAUGGUGCAGCUUGUCCUUUGUUCCCUGACAAGGUUCUGGAAAGCCACACAUCUGGCUUACUGCAGGAGAACAGCUGUCCAGUGCAAUACAACUUGACCCCAGGCAAUAAAUUCAGUGCUGGGAUAUUCCAGGAUAAAAGUGAAGAGGCUUCCCUUGACCUGGUGUUUGAGCUCUUGAACCAGCUGCAGUAUCACACCCACCAGGAGGACGGGAUUGAAAUCUGUGUGGAUUUUCUCCAGGGCACUUGUGUUUAUGGCAGUGACUGUCCCAAGCAUCACACAGUGUUACCCUACCACUGGCAGGUGAGGAGGACAGCGACCCAGAGGUGGCAAAGUGUGACCAACGAUUCCCAGGAGCACCUGGAGAGGCUUUACUGCAACCCUGACAAUGACAAGAUCAAAGUCAAGUAUCGGGGCCAGGAGUGCUGGGUGGAUCUGAACCUCAUGAAGCUGUAUGAAAGUGCAGAGUUCGACCAAAUGCGGCGCCUGUCCACAGCCUCGUGCCCCGGCUCCAGCUCCAGCUGCUACACCGUGUGGAAAUACUUCUGCAGGGACCACUUUGGCUGGAGGGAGUACUCUGAGCCCGUGGUGAGGCUGAUCGAGGAGGCGAGCUGCCGGGGGCUGUGCGAGGUGCGCUUCAUCACCUGGCACAACCAGUACAUCCUUAACAUCAGGGAUGGCUUCCAGCAGAACUCCUGCUUCCGCAGGGAGAUCAAGAGGAGGCCCCUGCUGCGCUCCUGCCUGCUGCUCAUGCCCUUCCUGCAGACCCUGGGCGGCAGCUCUGCCGUGCCCUCCCCGUGCUCCGAGCCCGCCGCCGCGCAGGACUUGUCCCCAGCUGCUGUCACCUGUCCCAGCUUCUACCCCGAGACCUGGAUUGGAAUGGAUCCGGCUCAGGACUUCAUCCAAGUGCCUGUUUUGAAGGAAGACAAGAGCUACAGAACCAUUUACAACCUGUUCCACAAGACUGUGCCAGAGACCAAAUACAAGAUUUUGAAAAUCCUGCGAGUGCAGAACCAGUUCCUUUGGGAGAAGUAUAAAAGGAAGAAGGAAUACAUGUCCAAGAAGAUGUCGGGGCUGGACAGGAUCAUGAACGAGCGGCACCUGUUCCACGGCACGUCGCAGGACGUGGUGGACGGGAUCUGCAAGCACAACUUCGACCCGCGGGUGUGCGGCAAGCACGCCACCAUGUUCGGCCAGGGCAGCUACUUCGCCAGGAAGGCCAGCUACUCCCACAACUUCUCCAAGCGCUCCCCCAAGGGCGUGCACUUCAUGUUCCUGGCCAAGGUGCUGACGGGCAGGUACACGGUGGGCAACCACACCAUGAGGAGACCGCCGCCCGUGGAGCCCGGCAGCGUCACCAGCGACCUCUACGACUCCUGCGUGGACAAUUUCUUCGAGCCCCAGAUCUUUGUCAUCUUCAACGAUGACCAGAGCUACCCCUACUUCAUCAUCCAGUACGAGGAGGUCAGCAGCACCGUCUCCAUCUGACAGCCUCAGCUGGCAGCAGUUGGUGUGUGUGGGGGGAUAAAAUCUGGACACUUCCUAACUGGUUAAAUGACUUGGAAGGAAGGAAGGUCGCUAAUGUGAGUGACCAACUGUGCACUUGCUGGUCUAAUUCCCUGUGUGCAAAUUGUACAUAUUUUUUUCCAUUGUUUAUAGUUGGAAAUCUGUGCCUUUUGUUAUAAAACACCGUUAUUUAUGUUAGUAAAUAUUCAUGUUUCAGAA